GCGGUCGCUCGUCAUACACGAUGGUCUCUUUCGGUGCAACUCUGUUUCGACAGUUUCGGUAUAAGUCGGCAGCGGCAUUUCACAUUGCAGAGUCCGCCAUUUUAACUAAAAAAUCUAUAACCCUAGCUUCGUCAGCGUGCAGUGCGAAUAGGGGUCAGUUGCAAUUUGGAAUUCAGAUUGUUCGCGAAUAUUCGAAAGCGUCGAAGAUGAGUACUUUGCCUAGGGUAUAUUUCGAUAUGACCGCCGAUGGCGAGCCCCUCGGUAGGAUAAUCAUGGAGCUGCGCUCCGAUGUCGUGCCUAAGACCGCUGAGAAUUUCCGCGCCUUGUGCACCGGCGAGAAGGGUUUCGGCUACAAGGGCUCCAUUUUCCACCGCGUUAUUCCCAACUUCAUGUGUCAGGGCGGCGACUUCACCAACCACAACGGCACUGGCGGCAAGUCCAUCUAUGGCAACAAGUUCCCCGACGAGAACUUUCAGCUGAAGCACACCGGCUCCGGUAUUUUGUCGAUGGCAAACGCUGGUGCCAACACGAACGGUUCCCAGUUCUUUAUUUGCACCGUGAAGACCGCUUGGUUGGACAACAAGCACGUUGUUUUCGGUGAGGUCGUCGAGGGCUUGGAUGUGGUCAAGAAGAUCGAAUCUUAUGGAUCGCAAUCGGGCAAGACCUCCAAGAAGAUCAUGGUCGCUAACUCUGGUGCUCUUUAAGAAUGCGUAACAAACGCAAGAUUACAAGAAGAAAAAUCUGUUAAGACGAAAACCAUUUGCAUUUUCUCCAAAACAUUUUUUUUUACCAAUUACUGUAAUAUUACGAAAUACAAUACAACAAUAUUUUCAA